AAAAAGAGAGGGAACAUUGCGCCCUUCGCGUGAGAAUGCGUAAAAAUAAACUGCGUGCAUUUAAAAAAAAAUUAGAUCAAAUCGCGCCUUUGGGUGACAGUCGGAGGCAAGAGGCUGCACGGCACAUGAUUGACGGCGGGGUUUUUGGUGUUUCUCUCUGCGGUCGUGCUUCUCAUUGGCUGACAACGAACCCCCGACCAAGGAUGCGGCCACGAGAUUGGCUGCGCGUCCCCUCCAGCUGUACUUCAAAGAACACGUUCGCUACAACUAGGUAGUGUCGGGGUAGCAGCGAGCCAAGAGAGAGAAACAAACCCGUGUGACCCGAGUCACAACGCGGUGAAAUCUCAAUCACAUUGGAGUCAUACAGCCUCGACACCGCGGACAUUCUCGGCGCUGCACAGAUCCCGGAUAUGGCUACGUCUAUACUGGGGGAAGAGCCACGGUUUGGAACUACACCCCUCGCAAUGCUGGCUGCAACCUGCAACAAAAUCGGCAACACCAGUCCUCUGACAACUUUGCCAGACUCCAGUGCUUUUUCCAAAGGCGGAUUUCACCCUUGGAAAAGAUCCUCCUCCAGCUGCAACCUGGGCUCCAGCCUUCCCGGUUUCACGGUGGCGACGAGCCGAGCCUCAACUGGACUGACGCCGACCAGCGGCGCGGGCAACAGCGCCUUCUGCUUAGCCUCCACCUCGCCGACUUCCUCCGCGUUUUCCACCGAAUACAGCGGUCUGUUCUCCAACUCUGCCGGCGUCACGACGCAGGACUCCGGCCAGUCCGCCUUCAUCUCCAAAGUGCACACGUCGGCGGAGACUCUGUACCCGCGGGUGGGGAUGGCGCACCCAUACGAGUCGUGGUACAAGUCCGGCUUCCACUCCACCAUCUCCGGCGACGUCGCCAACGGCGCAUCCUCGUGGUGGGACGUCCAUAGCAACCCCGGGUCGUGGCUGGACGUGCAGAACCCCGCCGGCACACUCCAGACCUCGCUGCACUCCGGGACGCCCCAGGCCAUCCACUCACAGCUCAGCGGCUACAACCCGGACUUCUCCUCGCUGACGCACUCGGCGUUCAGCUCCACCGGGAUCAGCCCGUCCGCGUCUCACCUGCUGUCCACCAGUCAGCACCUGUUAACGCAGGACGGCUUCAAGACAGUCAUUCCCACUUACACGGACGCUUCCGCCGCCAACGCCAUGAUUUCAGGCGGCACUUCAGGAAUAAGUAGCUCAUCCCGGUCCUCCAGGCGGUACUCCGGCAGAGCGACGUGUGACUGUCCGAACUGCCAGGAGGCCGAGCGGCUGGGGCCCGCGGGGGCCAGCCUACGGAGGAAGGGACUGCACAGCUGCCACAUCCCGGGCUGCGGUAAAGUCUAUGGGAAAACAUCCCACCUGAAGGCGCACUUGAGGUGGCACACCGGCGAGCGGCCUUUUGUGUGCAACUGGCUUUUCUGCGGCAAAAGGUUCACUCGGUCCGACGAGCUUCAGAGACACCUGCGCACCCACACCGGCGAAAAAAGGUUCGCCUGUCCGGUGUGCAACAAGCGCUUCAUGCGCAGUGACCAUUUGAGCAAGCACAUCAAAACGCACACGGCGGGCGGAGGGGGCAAAAAGGGCAGCGACAGUGACACCGACACCAGUAACCUGGAGACCCCGAGGUCCGAAUCCCCAGAACUUAUUUUAGAGGGGGUGAACCCCAGAAUUACAGUUAAGGAUCCGUCUCCUCAUGACGAACCGUGAGGUUUAAUUCUCCAAAACAAACAACAGACAGCAGCUUAUUAAAUAAACUGCACAAUGAAAACGGGUCCAAUUUUACAGACUUUAAAAAAAAGGGGGAAAAAACAUUUCCAAAAGCAACUGCAAAAUUUUAAAAAUAUAUAUAUUCUUCUCUGGCGUGAUGAGUAUGUCAUUCGUAAAUUCAUCCUAAAGAAAACUUUAAUUUACUGUAGGAAUAUUUGGGAGGGGGAAAAAAAUGAAAAGGAUGUUGAGAAAAUGCUGCGCCAAACCCUGUUGAACUUUGCUUGGACAGUGUUGUAUAUUGACGACUUAAAAAAAAAAAAAAGAAAACAAACAAAAAAAAAAUCAAGUGUGUUAUUUUUUAAUGUAAAUGUUAUAGACUCUGAUUGUUUUCUUCGUGUUGGUAUCCUGAAAAUCAGGGAGUUUUGCUUUUCGACGCACUUUUGUGGAUAUGUAUGUAACACAGCUUUUCAAAACUUCUGUUUAUCAUUUUUUUUUAUUAUUUCUUUGCUAAAAAAAUAAUUAUCUAUAUAUAAAUGUUUACCUGUAUAAAGUCACACGUAUAAAACCUUCAUUUAUCGUAAUUAAAACAUGUUUAAAACA